ACACGGCUCCUGCUGCUGUGUUUUGAAUCAGAGGGUUUUUUUUAACCGUCGGACAUCCACAGCCCGCGACAAAGUGAACGUGUGUAGGCUGAUUUCUUCACAGUAAACGGAAUAAACUAGCAAACCGAUAUGGAUUUGGAUUCCAUGAAAUAUGCGGAGUUGAGGAGCCUCGCUAAGGAGCUCGGGCUAAAAGCGAACAUGAAGGCCGAUAAGCUCCUCAAAUCGAUCAAGCAGCAUUAUCAGCGAGAAAAUCACAAGCAGGAGGAAGGACAGGUGCAAGAAAACAAUGUUCCCAUCGUUCAGGAAGACCAGACAGCUUCACAAGACCGCGCUCAGGCAAAUACAGACGCAUCUGGCCGGGAAGAAGACGUUUCCAACCCCGCUGUGUUUGUGAACACACGCAGGGGCAAAAGAAACUGCACCAAGCGGAAGAUCUGUGAUGCUGCAACAGAGGAUGAUGCCAGCUCACCUCUGAGUGCUGCAGAGGGGGUCUCAGAAGUGGCCUCGUCUAGUCCGCCCCGCGGCGCUACGGGUGCCAAGAAGAGAAAAGUGUCCUCUACCAAGGAUUCUGUCAAAGGCGAAGCCGAGCGUCCCGAGGAGCCCCGAGGGGCCACAGGCAGUGAAGCUGCUGCCGUUAAAGUCGAAGCGCCGGUGCAGAGCGACGCCGAAAAAGCAACCAAAGUGCCCAAAGGUGGUAAAAUCCCUCGUUACCAAGGACAGCAGCAGAAGAACAAGGCCUCAUUGAAGCCUGUCACCCCGAUCUCUCUUAUAGACUUUAAAAAACUUCACGAGGCACAUUUCAACAAGAUGGAGUCGAUCGACACGUAUGUGCAGAGAAAGACCAAGCAGCUGGAGACUACCAAAAGUUCAGUUCAAAAGACGAAGAGGCUUUCAGUCAAAUCUAAACCGCAGCUUGUUGAGGGAAACGCUCAAGUGAAGGCAAGUUGGAGCCGCACUUCCCUAUUCAGCCCCGUCUCCGUGGACACGAGGCCGGCUGCAGACAGGCGCACGUUGCCCUCUGCCAGCAAAGCGCCUGCAAACAAACCUCCUGGGAAGGAAGACGCUCCGUUCAGACCGUCUGUCCUUUCCACUCGCAGGAUCAAUGUUCGAUUUUCCGAAGCCACUCGUGACAACGACAACAAGAAGUCCUUGGUGAAGACACCGGUGCGCAUGUCGCUCUGCGUGACUUCCAGCACCCCAAACAAACCGGCCACCAAUGAGGGAAAGCCAAGAAGUUCCAAGAUUUCAACCCUCUCUGCCACAAAAACUGCAGGAGCAUUUCUCUUCAUGGGCAACACGAGUACUUCAACAACCCCCGGAACUCAAAAGAAGGCUGGCUUUGAUCUGAAAGCAAGUCUUUCUCGUCCCCUCACCUACAAGCCCCAUGCAGGUAAACUCAAGGCAUUUGGAGACAACCAAGAAAACACGGCAGCAAACAAGUCACUGGUUUCUAACUCUCAUCAGAAGAACUACAAACAGCACCAGGUCCAGACAAGGGGGGAGAGGAGAGCGAGACACGUGGAAGGCCGUAAGCAGAAGAAGGAGAGUAUGCUCGGGGCAAGAAGAGGCCUUGUCAUGAUGUAAAAGUAUCCGGCCGGUUUUGUACAUCCGUUUUUUUACAGUGUAAAUAUUUGUUUUGUUUGCAGCCGUCGCUUUUGGUCUUCUGUUCGGGAAGCCGUCUUUUUCUGUUUCUGUCUAAACUCCCGUAGGGUGUUUUAGAUUUUACCCCUGGUGUAGUGUUUACAGCGUACAACUCUGACUGAUGCUUUUUAUGUGUUUUUGUAGAUAAUCAAUAUCCUUUUUUGCUGCAUUUAAAACUGUUAUUGUGUUUUUAGAAUUUGUGUGCUUUGUUUUUUUUUUUGAAAAAACCAUAAAAAGGAAAUCCUGUUCCACAAAGAAAUGUUAAGUCAUGUGAGUUAAUGGUUGUUUUUAGACCUGGUUUGUUGACAUCUGUCAGAAAAAACUAGACAAGAAUCACAACAAUGACUUUUUUUUUAAAGCAGCAUGUCUCAGUUCGUGUCCUGUAAUUAAAUGAUUCUAAAUGUUUAA